GGAUUUUUCCAAGCCACUUUUAACACAUUUCAGUAAUAGUAAAUCCGAUGUUGGAAAACACAGUGCAAAUAUCGAAAAAGAAUAGGGCGGUCUAUCAAGACACCGGAAGUGCACGUAGGCCGGGUCGCCGGAAGUCCUACGUUCUGUGCUGCGUGUACACUUGUCUGGCUCGUACGGAAACCGCGCGGGGUCAGCCCAAGUCCCUUUUUGCGAGGUCUGGAGCAGCGUGGCGGUGGGAGACGGCGAUGGCUCCCAAGGGCGGUAGCGGCGGGGCUCGGCAGCAGUCUGAGGAGGAGCUGCUCUUGCAGGACUUCGAAGCCCUGGCAACCUCUGUCCGGCCCAAAGUCCUCCGGCGCUGUUUUUUUCAGGGAACGCGCCUUCAUCGUGUCUCUGGCUAUCCCGGAUCUGGCUGUACUGGCGGAUCUGGCACAUGGACCUGGUCCAGUCUGCAGUCCUGUACAGCGUGAUGACCCUCGUCAGUACAUACCUGGUUGCUUUUGCCUACAAGAAUGUAAAGUUUGUUCUCAAACACAAAGUAGCUCAAAAGAGAGAAGAUGCUGUUUCCAAAGAAGUCACCCGCAAGCUGUCUGAGGCAGACAACAGGAAGAUGUCACGUAAGGAGAAAGAUGAGAGAAUUUUGUGGAAGAAGAAUGAAGUGGCAGAUUACGAGGCGACCACAUUCUCCAUCUUCUACAACAAUACUCUCUUCCUGGUCUUGGUUGUGGUCGCCUCAUUCUUUGUGCUGAAGAACUUCAAUCCCACCGUAAAUUACAUUCUCUCCAUCAGCGUUUCAUCCGGGCUUAUCGCUCUGCUCUCUACUGGCUCUAAGUAGAUGGAAGAAUUUGGAUGGAUCUAUCCUAUCCACUCAAAGGCACGAAAGUGAAGGUGGUGUUGCCUUUGCGCAUCUUGAAAGCAUGGGAUUUUUUUUUUAGCAUGGAUAUGGAUAGAAAUGUAUGUUCUGUUUCCUUGAAGAAACAGAUGCCAAAAAUUACUAUACAUUGGAUGUUGGAAAAAAGCUUUUAAGGGUUAAAACUUCAGUGGAAUACAAGAAUGUCAAGUGAUCCAUCACAAGAACUGCACCUGGAGUUUGCGAGAGGUGUAUGUGUAGCAAAUAUUUUGUUACCUGUCAGUAAAGGGAGCCUUGUUUUGCUGUAGACCGUACCUCUUAACAUUUUGUAACAGUGUUUGAAUAAAGGCAUUUCCAAGA